CGCCCGGUGGAUAGCCGCGCGCUCCCCGCUCGGUGACUGGCUGAUUCCAAGAUGGCGGCCUGCGGACGUGUCGGGCUGUGCUGCUUGCUGGCGCUGCUGGUGGGCCCCGGGAUGGGGCAGCAGGUGUCCGUACAGGAGGGGGCCCAGGGGCCACAGGCAGGGGCGGGGCAGACCCGCAGGGUGCCCGGGUAUAAGCUGGCGGAGGAGGAGGCCUGCAGGGAGGAUGUCAGCCGCAUCUGUCCCAAACACACCUGGAGCAACAAUCUGGCCGUGCUGCAAUGUCUGCAAGAUGUCCGGGAGGCUGAUAAUGAAAUCUCAUCUGACUGCAACCACCUGCUCUGGAACUACAAACUCAAUCUCACAAAGGAUAUCAAGUUUGAGUCCGUGGCCAAGGAGAUCUGCAAAUCUACUCUGUCCUCGCUGAAAGAAUGUGCUGAUGAGAUCCCUGGCAAAGGAUAUGUAGUUUCCUGUUUGGUGGAUCACCGUGGUAAUAUCACAGAAUAUCAGUGCCAACAGUACAUCACCAACAUGGCAACCAUCAUUUACAGUGACUAUCGACUCAUCUGCGGAUUCAUGGAGGACUGCAAUGCUGAAAUCAAUGCUUUGAAAUGUGGCAGUAUCCGUCCUGGAGAGAAGGAUCCGCACUCUCAGGGUGAAGUUGUAUCCUGUCUGGAGAAAGCAGUGGUUAAUGAGGCCGAGGAGAAGAAUCCAAGUGUGCGAAUUUCUGCUGUAUGUAGACAGGCCAUAUUGCGAGUGGCAGAACUUUCCUCAGACGACUUCCAUUUGGACCGUCACCUCUACUUCGCUUGUCGAGAUGACCGAGAGCGAUUCUGUGAGGCUAUCGAAGCUGGAGAAGGAAGAGUGUACAAGUGUCUGUUUAACCAUAAGUUCGAGGAGUCCAUGAGUGAGCGGUGCCGUGAUGCACUCACCACAAGACAGAAACUCAUAGCUCAGGAUUACAAGAUAAGUUAUUCUCUAGCAAAGUCCUGCAAGGCUGAUCUAAAGAAAUACCGCUGCAAUGUUGAGAAUCACCCACGUUCCAGGGAGGCGCGUCUCUCCUACCUCCUACUUUGCCUGGAGUCCGUUGUACACAGAGGGCGCACGGUAAGCAGUGAGUGCCAGGGAGAGAUGCUGGAUUACAGGCGAAUGUUGAUGGAGGACUUUUCACUGAGCCCGGAGAUCAUCCUGGGCUGCAGGGGGGAGAUCGAACACCAUUGCUCGGGACUUCAUAGGAAGGGGCGCACCUUGCACUGCCUUAUGAAAGUUGCUCGUGGAGAGAAGGGUAACAUUGCUGAGAAAUGUCAGUCGGCGCUCCAAACCUUGGUUCAGGAGGUGGACCCUGCAAAUGAUUACCGCAUUGACCGCGCUUUGAACGAAGCCUGCGAAUCUGUCAUUCAGACGGCCUGCAAGCACAUUCGUUCUGGAGACCCCAUGAUCCUGUCUUGCCUCAUGGAACACCUAUACACAGAGAAGAUGGUGGAAGAGUGUGAACAUCGCUUGUUAGAACUGCAGUACUUUAUCUCCCGUGAUUGGAAACUAGAUCCCAUUCUUUACCGCAAGUGCCAGGGAGACGCCUCGCGACUCUGCUUUGCUCAUGGCUGGAAUGAUACCAGUGAGACCAUGCCAGCAGGGGCUGUGUUUUCCUGUCUUUACCGACAUGCCUACCGCACUGAGGAGCAGGGAAGGAGGCUGUCUCGUGAAUGCCGUGCGGAGGUGCUCCGUAUUCUCCACCAGCGGGCGCUCGAUGUGAAGCUGGAUCCUGGGAUGCAGGCCAAGUGCAUGAGUGAUCUGGGCAAGUGGUGCAAUGAGAAGACAGAAACUGGUCAGGAGUUGGAGUGUCUGCAAGACCACCUGGACGACCUCCUUGUGGACUGUAGAGAGGUUGUGGGUAACCUAACUGAGCUGGAAUCAGAGGACAUACAGAUUGAAGCUCUUCUGAUGAGGGCCUGUGAACCAAUCAUUCAGGGAUAUUGCCAUGAGGUGGCUGACAAUCAGAUUGACUCGGGUGAUCUCAUGGAGUGUCUCAUACAGAAUAAGCACCAAAAGGAGAUGAACGAGAAGUGUGCCGUAGGGGUCACUCACUUCCAAUUGGUCCAAAUGAAAGAUUUUAGAUUCUCCUACAAGUUCAAAAUGGCCUGUAAAGAAGAUGUCCUCAAACUGUGUCCAAAUAUAAAAAAGAAGGUUGAUGUUGUUAUUUGCCUCAGCACUACUGUCCGUAAUGAUACUCUCCAAGAGGUCAAAGACCAACGCGUUUCACUCAAGUGUCGGAAGCAGCUGAGGGUUGAAGAGCUGGAGAUGUCUGAGGACAUUCGCUUGGAGCCGGAGCUGUACGAGGCCUGUAAGAAUGACAUCAAGAGCAUCUGUCCUAACGUGCCCUAUGGAAACGCCCAGAUUAUUGAGUGUCUGAAGGAGGGCAAGAAACACCUGUCCUCCCGAUGCCACCAGAAGGUUUUCAAACUCCAGGAGACAGAAAUGAUGGACCAGGAACUAGAUUAUACAUUAAUGAGGGUGUGCAAACAGAUGAUCAAGAGAUUCUGCAGCGAUACAGAUUCAAAGGGCAUUCUGCAUUGUCUGAAACAGAACAAGAACUCUGAAACCAUGGAUCCCAAAUGCAAACAGAUGAUCACCAAGCGGCAGAUUACGCAAAACACAGAUUAUCGGCUCAAUCCUUUACUGCGGAAAUCUUGCAAAGCAGACAUCCCCAAAUUCUGCCAAAGCAUUCUGAAUAAUGCAAAAGAUGACCAGGAACUGGAAGGGCAGGUGAUCUCCUGCCUGAAAGUCAAAUAUGGAGAACUGCGAUUAUCUACAGACUGUGAGGACCAGAUUCGUAUAAUUAUCCAAGAAACUGCUCUGGAUUACCGCCUUGAUCCCCAGCUGCAGAUCCAGUGCUCGGAAGAGAUCAAUUCUCUGUGCGGUGAAGAGGCCGCUGCCCAGGAACCCACAGGACAGGUGGAAGAAUGUUUGAAAAUGAAUUUACUGAAAAUUAAAUCUAAUGGCUGCAAAAAGGAAGUGCUGAACAUGCUGAAGGAGAGUAAAGCUGAUAUUUUUGUGGAUCCUGUCCUGCACACAGCCUGCGCGUUAGAUUUAAAGCAUCACUGUGCUGCGAUUCCACCUGGCAGAGGAAGGCAGAUGUCCUGCUUGAUUGAAGCUUUACAAGAUAAAGUGGUCCGGCUGCAGCCCGAGUGCAAGAAACGGCUCCAGGAUCGGCUGGAUAUGUGGAGUUAUGCAGCCAAGGUGGCGCCAGCUGAAGGCUUUUCCGACUUGGCCAUGCAAGUGAUGAGCUCUCCGUCCAAAAACUACUUACUGUCUAUCCUCAUGGUUGGGGUGUGUGUGCUGUUUUUUGGGGGCCUUUUUUGUGGGCGCAUCACCAAGAGGGUGACACGUGAGAUGAAAAACAGAUAGAGCCAUGGACACCCUCCUUCACCCCGAUCAAGAGCUUUGAAAAGUAGGGGCACUGGGGGAGGGAGGGCAGGCCUGUCACCAUGUGUACAGCUCUCCCAUGUAGUCCAGUCCCAUCUUCCUCCUUCCCACUCUUUUAACUGCAGUGGAAUUUGGAGGGAGCAAUGGAAAUAUUUGGGAUAAGUCCUCUUCUCCUCCACCCAUGUCACAAUCCGCAUUUCUUCCCCUUCUAUUCAUCUAGCCCACAGUUACUCUGACCAGCUGCAGACGCCAACUAUAACCCCGACCACUUGAAAUGGCCUUCGAUCCCCGCACAGAAUCCAUUCUUUACCUAGUGCCGUGUUGCUCUCUUGGAUUUAACUUUUUAUUUUUGUCUUUGGGAGUAUGUUUAAUUAUUUUAAGGACGUGCCUCGGGGAUGCUCUCUCUGCCUCAUGCUCUUGGGAUGUGUGGGGGUAUUAAGGAUUGUGCACUUUCUGACCCUUCCUGAGCCUGGACGUCUGUGAGAAGGGAUUUGUGCAAACCUUUUGGCUCCUGGUCUGCCAAAACCUUGAACUUUGGGACUCCUCCUCUACACUCCUUUCUCCCCCAGCAAUGUGCUUUAGUGAUAAGAUUUGCACGAAGAAUCAUGUUGGGGUAUUUAAACUUUCAACCAUCAUGUAAACAGGAGUUUUUAAUGGUGCAGCCUGUCCCCUCCCCCUCUCUUCUUUUCGUUAGUUACAGUAAAAAUCCUUGAUUAAUCACAGCCAUCAUGCAAACAUGUCAUUUUUUUUUCAUUGCGCUUCUUGUCUUCCACAUUAAAGGAUAAGCAGAAGACGUUCUACCAGACACCCCAUUACUGUUUUUAAAGCCACAAGUUGCACCUUUAAACCUCCGUUUCUGUCUUUAAACCUGACCUGUUUUACUAAUCCUGCUCUUUCCAAUAAUGAAUGAAUUGUGAAACCUGUUGGGGAUUUGAUUUUGCUGCAAGUUGUUAGGCUCCGACAGAUCAUCAUGCAAUCCCAUUUUGAGACUUUAGAAUUGCUCUGCUGAAUUUGUUCAAUGUGUGGGGGCCCAGCCCACCACCCUGCUUGCACUGCUGGUAUAAAACGGGUGGCCGUUCCUGAAUCUCCCUUCAUCCUGCUCUCGACCCAGAGGUGCCAAGUGGGGACCCCGUCUCCCUUUUAUACCAGCAAUGCUCCCCUGUUUUAGAGACCCCCCAAAUCUGAACCAUAUAAAGUGGUAUUAUUUUGUUUUUGGAGGAUACAGUAACCUUUAAGUCUUGAAUGUGAAUAUUUUGUGAAACAUGUGGAUCAUUUUUGUUCCUACUUCAUCCAAAGCCCUGUUUGCUUUAGUUAAGUUCCUGUAUAUUAAUGGAUGGUUACAUGACACUAAACACCAUCCUUAAAUUAUUAUUCUAUAGAAUGCGGUUCAUUCAUUUUAAUAACCGCUGACUGGCACACAACAGGUUCUUUUAAUCAUACAGCUGCUAGUCAGUUGGUUUAACCCUUUCCAUCCCCAGGAAUUAACUAUUUUAACGGUUCCCUUCUCAGAACAUGGAUUAGCCCAUUGAUUUCUUUCUUUACUGAGCAGAACACCCUCUAACUUUUGUUCUGAAUUGGGAUUUUUAGUACAGUGACCCCGUAGCCUCUAGCAGCCGAUCAGUGCGGGGCUUGCAAUCUGUCAGUAUAGUUCACAGAUUUUCUGUCUUAAGUCUAUGGGUGCUUUUUCCAGGCCAGUAGUCUACAGGUGGCUGUUUAGAGAAUAUCUGAAAAUAAAACGGCUUGCUAAAUAUUUGCUGCCAAGACGUAGUUGUAAUAACUGGUGUGAGGGAGGGCAUCUGCUAUUUAUCUCCAAACCGGCUAUAGCUCUCGGUCUGCCUUCAGAUUACAAUCAGACGUAGACCCACUGAUAUACAAGACAGUGUAAAAUCAUGAUUUGGUAAAUAGCCCUGGAUUACAAACCUGCUUUAGGUGUUUAACAAGGGAUCUCAGAUCUGCAUUCUCUGACCGCAGCUGAGGAGGAAGAAGCGGUCAAUGUGCGAAGCUGCUUACUAGCCAUCCGCCGCCCUCAGUGGCUCUCGGUAAGCAAGCUUGGAUCAUUAACCUGGUACCUAACCUGUCUUAGUGCCCGUGAUCCAGUCUCUCUUUCCAGACCAGGAUACGCGGUUUGUCUAAAAUAAAUGGUUUCUCUUCCAAAAUUCAGUAGCAAGCAAGAUGUAGAAUUAUAGUCAGAACCUAUGGGUUGUUAUAGGUAAAAUCUUUGAUACAAGUGCUUGUAUUUUUCCUUUUUUUAGAAAGCCACUCUUAGUUUUAAACAGUCUUUCUCUCCCUUAUGGCAAAUCCAGUCCCUUGAAUUCUGUCUAGAGUGCAUGUAAUGCAAAUUAUUGAACGCUUCUUGGGAAACCCUAAGGGCAGAUUAGAAUGGUGUAAUUACAGGCCUUCCCUUCAAGGAGCACAGCUCGAAUACCCCUCCAGCAUGACAUUUGGAGGACAUACACUGGACACCUCAUCUACCCAGACAGGGAAUGACUUACCUGAUGUCAAAAGAAAUCAAUAUCCGUUGCCUCUUUUAUUCAUUCUUCCAUGAAUCCAUUUUUGUAAAUUGUUUUCCUCUGUGUAUAAAAUCAGACUGUCUUUUUCCUCUUCAUUGUGUGUCAUUAAAAUGUUACCAAUGUCCCGAACAUAUUGUGCAUUUUUUUUUUUUUCUGUACAGAUAAAAUUGGAAGAUUUAAUAAAAAACCAAACUGUUAA